AUGAUUAAUAGCAUACUAAAAAGAUAUACUGAUCUGGUCCUACUUCACAAUAUAUGCAAACCUAACCCUCUAGACUGGAACUACUGGAAGGAAUGGGAAGAAGAAUACAAACCUAUAAACAACAUUCAAGACUGCUGGUAUAAGAAUAUCUCAGAUUCAAUUAUCCUGAAAGAGCUAGAGGAGACCAUUAAGAAGUCACCAACUAGUAAAGAAACAGGACCACAUGGCAUAUCAAAUGAGAUGCUAUAA